AUGGCUGAUCCAAUCGACAGAUACCAAACGCUAAAGCUUAAAGAAUCUCUCUCUGACCCUUCCCUAUACGCCCUCGCCUGUAAUGAAUUAAGCUUUAUUCUAAAAAAUGCCUACGCAAAAUCCCCUAAAAAUCUCCAAUUGCUUGUUUUUCAAGAAACCCUCUACGCCUUCAGCUGCCUCCCUGAGGUUCAUACGGAGUCAGCAAUUUCUGCUGCAAACUCUCUUGUGCAAAGUGCCGAAUCUUCUCUGCCGAAGCAAAAGAGGGCUUUGGCGGUGGCGGAGCACAAGCACGCUGUUGUUGCUACUAAGAGGAAGUGCAAGACGGUUAACGAAGAAAAAGGUUUAGAUCUGAUUUCGGAGGAUGUUCUUCUACAUAUAUUCAGCUUCUUAGAUUUGCAUUCUCUGGUGAAUGCUUCUGCUGUGUGCCGGUCAUGGAAUGCUGUUGCUAGUGACAACAGUCUCUGGAAAAUGUUAUUUGCCGUUUUAGUUUCCAGUUUGGAUAAUGUUAGGAAGGAUUAUAGUUGCCUGUAUGGAGUUACUAGGAAUGAGGACAAGUUUAGUGUGUUAGAUGAAGUUUGUGCUGGGGUCAGAACAGACUGGAGGCGCACUUUAAAAAGAGCCUUUAAAGAGACUUCUUUUAGCAAAUACAAAUCUUACAGGGGAUACUGUCGGGUUUGCUGUUCAAUCGUAUGGCUAAAUAGCACCAAAUGUCCUGAUAAAACUGAUCCAAAAGAUGGGUGGAACCACCAAAUUUCGCCUAUAUCGAGACAGCACAUUGUUGAUUAUAUUUUAGAGAGCUCGAUUUUGGAUUCUUCUUCUUCAGACAGUGACGAUGAUUGUGAAAAGACAUCCAUCUUUAGCAAUAGGCUGUGGGCUUAUCGGAGGCGGACUGUCAGAUGA